AUGACCACUGCCGACGGUCUCGGAACCCGAGUUGGCCGGUUGUCCAGCCUGGACGCGAGUCGGGCCGACCUUUAUGGCGGUCCCAGUGUUGUCCUUCCUCCUAAACAUCUUAUGGCCACAAGUGCUCACGACACCGCGAUGGAGAUGGAAAUGGCAAAACAACACCUGGAAGACGAGACUUCCUCUGAAGAUGGAUCGCCUCGUGUGGCUUCGCCCACCUCUAAAGCUGCACAGACUACCACUGACGACUUUGCGUUGGCCUUCGAUAUCGACGGUGUCCUAAUAAAAGGUGGCAAUCCAAUUCCUGCGGCCGUUGACGCCUUGAGAUACAUCAAUGGGGAUAACCCCUACGGCAUUCAGAUUCCGUACAUUUUUGUGACGAACGGCGGGGGCAAGUCGGAGGAGGAACGGUGCUUAGACCUCAGUCGGCAAUUGGAACUGGAAGUCUCUCCUGGCCAGUUUAUCUGUGGCCACACGCCGAUGCGCGACAUGGCCGAGCGAUACAACACCGUUCUAGUCGUGGGUGGCGUGGGUGAGAAAUGCCGAGUGGUUGCCGAAAUGUACGGCUUCAAGGACGUUAUCACCCCCGGAGAUAUCAUCAAAACGCGCCAGGAUACCACGCCCUUCCGAAGCCUGACAGACGAUGAGUUCGAGAACUCUCGCGUGCGAGAUCUCAACAACACCAAGAUCGACGCUAUCUUCGUCUUCGCCGAUAGCCGGGAUUGGGCUGGAGACCAGCAAAUCAUCCUGGACGUCCUGAUGUCGAAGGAGGGACAUCUGGGCACCCGUUCCGAGACCUUCAACGAGGGACCGCCCUUGUUUUUCUCCCACAACGACGUCGUAUGGGCCACCUCCCAUGAACACUCCCGUAUCGGCAUGGGCGCACUUCGCGCCUCGCUGGAGGCACUCUACAAAGCCGUCACCGGGAAAGAACUGUCGACCAUUGCCUUCGGAAAGCCCCAACUAGGCACGUAUCAAUUCGCCACCCGACUCCUUCGCCAGUGGCGCAAGGACACGCAUGGCAUCAACAAACCCCCGCGCACCGUCUACUUUGUCGGAGACACUCCGGAGUCCGACGUUCGAGGGACCAACGAGUUUGACAAAAUCAGUGACACCGAAUGGUUUUCGAUUCUCGUCAAGACCGGCGUCUACCAGGACGGCAUGAUUCCUCGCUAUCCACCCAAGAAGACAUGUGAGAACGUCCUGGAAGCCGUCAAAUUUGCCAUGCAGCGUGAGAUCUCCAAGGACAUGAACGGCGUGGACUUCAAGGGGUCUAACACUGCGGGCAUCCAAAAUUGA